UGCCAGCCUGAGAUCAGCCACCAACAACACAACCACCACCAACUACCCUCCUCCAAGAGGAACCGCUCCGAGUUUAAUCAUUAUUAUGGGAAUGCACAAGGAGGGCCUUUCUUCGAUCAACAUGGCGGCCAACAAAGCGCAGGGGCUGGGGUAAUAGAACAGCACAUCGGCACUCUGACUGCACACAUCACAAUGGAUCAGGUUCACAACUCCCACGAAGGCUUCAACAACAACAACAACAACACCAACAACAGCCCGUAUAAUAACCACUACCCGAACUACAGACCCGGCUAUGGGAAUAGUGGAUACGCGGGAAUAAUGAGCCCCUCUCGCCGGGGGAAUAACCCGAUGGGCCCGGGCACUAAAGCGGCUAUGAUUGCUACCAACUCCCCGGCUGGAAGCGGAGGGUUUCAGCAGCGGUUCCCCGGGCAACAGUGUCCACAGCAACAGCACCAGCACCCCUCCGGAGCUACACCGACUUUAAACCAGUUAUUGACGUCUCCCAGCCCGAUGAUGCGAGGUUAUGGAAGUGGAUAUCCUGAUUAUAACGUUAAUUCUUCACAACAACAGCAGCUAACGUUAGCUAAAGACAUUCAGUACGGCUCGGCUACUCACGGCUGGGGGGGACAACAAAGAAGUCACCCGGCCAUGAGCCCGGGAAACAACGGGCAGGGCGGCGGCAGACCUCAGGUGCCGGCGAUGGACCCGAUGGGGAUGAAGCGCUCGCAGCUCUACGGCAUGAGCAACCACCCGUACUCCCAGCAGCAGGCGGCGCCGUACUCCAGCCAGCCCUACGGCGCUCCGUCCCCCCACAGAUACCCGAUGGGGAUGCCCAGCAGGGGGCAGAUGGGGAUGGGAGGGAUGCAGUACCCUCAGCAGCAGAUGGGUUCUCAGUACAGCCAGCAGCAGCAGAGCGUGGGUGGUUACUGUCAGCCAGGUCAGCCUCCGUACUUCAGCUCUCCACAGCAGCAGCCAGCCGCCCCGAGCCAGCCGCCGUACAUGCAGCCACGCCCACUGCCACAACAGGAGGUGCCUCAGGAGGCGUAUGGGGGGCGGGGCCAGUCUGCUGCUAUGACUCCUGGGAAACCCAACCAUGAGGAGAUGAGUCUGAGCCAACAGGAGAGGCCGUCCAGCCUGCCGGAUUUAUCCGGCUCCAUCGAUGACUUGCCCACGGGCACGGAGGCAGCGGUGAGUUCAGGGGCGUCGGGCUCCGGCAGCGCUCAGGGUGACCAGGGGACCCCGGCCCGUUCUCCUUUCUCCCCCCACGUCUCCCCUCGCCUCCCCCCGCUGGCUCGCUCCGGGCCCUCCCCUUCCCCCUCGCUGUCCCCCGCCGGCUCCAGCAGCCAAUCACGAUCCGGACCGAUGUCCCCCGCCACCAGCGGACCAGGCUCUCAGUUGGCCCCUCAGCUCUCUGGUCCUGGAUCAGACCUUGGUCCUCAUCCCUCGCAUUCUGCCAUGACCCAGGACAGAGGUUUCCCUCCCUCCAUGCAGCGAAGCACUUUGGGGCAUCAGUUUGACCCCCAGCAGUCGGCACCACCCAUGUCCCCUCACACAGCACCGGGGGGGCCCAUGCACCACGGCUCCUACCAGCAGGGGGCCUCCUACGGCCAGUACGGCCCCCCAGGUAACUACCCUCGACCCCCCCACUAUGGCGGGGCCCCCAGUGCCAACUACAGCGGCCCGGGCCCCGGCUUAGCCAACAGCCUGGGUUUGAACGCCAGUAGUCCCAUGCACGGCCAGGGCCCGUCCACUCCGGCCGGUCGCGGCCCGGGGCCCGGAGCCGGGGGCCGGCCUUACCCCGCCGGCGGAAGCACCAUGGCUCCCACUUCCCCUGGCAUGCCACAGCCCGCCGGGCAGGGCAUGGGGCCCCCGGGUCCCAACGCCAGCAGCAAACCGCCUGAGGUCGGCCCCAACGCCGGACCUAGUGCCAACUCCAACGCCGCCCAGAGCAGGCAGGGCAGCUACCUGGGCAUGGCCCCGAUGGGAGGAAUGGGAGGAGGCCCGUACAGCCAGCAAACAGGCAGCAACUCUGGGAGGAUGACUCCGCAGGGACCCCCCUACAACGCUGCAUACUCAGGCGCCAUGAUGAUGAUGAUGCCAGCAGACGGGACAGGACGGGUGGAGCUCGGCUACGAACCGCCCAAAGCCAAGCCCCCCGUGUCCCCCAGCGCCGCCGGCCUGUCCUCGUGUCCCGGGGAAGACGCUGAUAGCAUUAGCAGCUCCGCCUGGGCCAAGAUGACAACCAGCUCCAAGCAGAACGCGGCCACGGUGACCAGCGAGAAGAUCACCCGUCUGUACGAGAUGGGCGGCGAGCCCGAGAGGAAGCUGUGGGUCGACCGCUUCCUGUCCUUCAUGGAGGAGCGGGGGACGCCGGUCCCAAACCUGCCGGCCGUCGGGAGGAAACCUCUGGACCUCUGCAGACUCUACCUGGCUGUCCGAGAGAUCGGAGGUCUCGCCAUGGUGAAUAAGAACAAGAAGUGGAGGGAGUUGUCGUCUCUGUUGAGCGUGGGGACGUCCAGCAGCUCAGCCAGCUCCCUGAAGAAGCAGUACAUCCAGUACCUGUUCGCCUACGAGUGUAAGGUAGAGCGAGGGGAGGAGCCUCCGCCUGAGGCGCCAGGCUGCGCCAGAGACACCAAGAAACCUCCGUCACUGCAGGCCAAGAUCCAGCCCCCCUCCCCAGCCAACUCGGGCUCCCUACAGGGCCCCAACACCCCUCAGUCCGAGGCCGCCGGAAACCUGAAGCCCCCGCACAGCCACAUGGGCCCCCAGCCCUCCACCCCCCACAGCCACGUGGGUCCCCAGCCCUCCACCCCCCACAGCCACAUGGGUCCCCAGCCCUCCACCCCCCACAGCCACAUGGGCCCCCAGCCCUCCACCCCCCACAGCCACAUGGGUCCCCAGCCCUCCACCCCCCACAGCCACAGUGGCCCCCAGCCUGCAAACAGGAACAUGGCCGGCGUCAGCAUCCUGGACCCGUUCUCUGAAGGCAGCGAUCCAGCCUUCCACAACAAGCGAGGCCCAGGACCCCGCGGCACCCCCUACCAGCAGGGAGGCCCCACAGACCCCUCAAUGAGGAUGCAGUACGAUGCCAACAAAGACCCGUACGGAGGACCCAGGAAAGGUCCGGGGCCCGGCAAGGCCUUUGGUCCGGGUCAGAUGCCCAGCGGUGCCAUGCAGGACGUGUACCCCCGCGGGCCGCCCUCUGGGCCCCUAACAGGGAUGGACCCCAGACCCCAGUACCCCUACGGCCCCGCAUAUGAGCGGAGGCCGGACCAUGUGCUGGGGCCGGACGGAGGCAUGGCGCCCCCUGCAGGUCAGAGCAGCGUGGCUCCGUCUGGGGGCGAGGCCGGCAUGUAUCCGGCCAACAGAUACACACAGCAGAGACACGGACAUGACGGUUACGGGCAGCAGUAUCCUCACAGCAUGGCCUACAGUUCCCAUCAGCCCCUGUUCCCUCCACAGCAGGGUUACAAGCGUGCGAUGGAGGGCAUGUAUCCCCCUGCGAAGCGGCAUGAGGGCGAGGCCUUCGCGGCGCAGCAGUUUGGCUCCCAGCACCCCCCCGACAUGUUCGGCCCAUACGGUGGAGGUGGAGGCAGCGGCAGCGGUGGGGGCUACAUGGGCCCCGAGCAGCGGCCGGUGCAGGGCCAGUACCCGUAUCCAUACGCCCGGGAGCGGCAGCACAGCAUGAUGGGCCCUGGGGAGGGGUCACAGCCCAACAUGUGGCCCCCCAGGACUGACUACGCAUACAGCCGGCAGGGCCAGGGGCCGGCCUACCCCAGCGUGAGCCGAGGAGACGAGCAGGAGGGCCGGGCCCCACAGGACAGCCAGUGGCCCCCUGGGCAUCCCGGCCAACGCCAGCCCCCGUACCCCCACUCUGCCUCCCCCUCCAUGCCCCCCCUGCCUUCCAGACAGCCCCCGUCCUCCUUCCAGGCCAUGCCCACCGCCCCGAACCACGUGAGCCGCUCUCACAGCCCCUCCUCGUUCCCCCGGCCCCAGGGCGGCUCCCUGUCCCCCAGCAGCGCUCCCUACCUGCCCUCCAUGAAGAAACCGGGGCCCCCAGCCCCUCAGGGCCCCCCCGUCAUCCACGGAGAGGUCAGCUUCCCACCCGGCUCUGUGGAGGCCACCGUCCCCAAACUGAAGCCACGACGCCGGCUCACCGCCAAGGACACAGGAACUCCGGAGGCGUGGCGUGUUAUGAUGUCACUGAAGUCCGGCCUGUUAGCGGAGAGCACCUGGGCUCUGGACACCAUCAACAUCCUGCUGUACGACGACAGCACCAUGGGCUCCUUCAGCCUCUCACAGCUUCCUGGUUUCCUGGAGCUGAUCGUGGAGUUUUUCCGCCACUGCCUCAUCCAGAUCUUCGGCAUCCUGGUAGAGUACGAGAUGGGAGCCGAGGGCCAGAGGACGCUGCUGGGACCGCUGCCUGACCCCCCCAAGGAAAAGGAGGAGGAGGAGGAGGAGGACGCGAAGGAGACGCCAUCUGACGGCCAAUCAGCCAAGGCUCAAGGGACACCAAAGACUGAGGAGGGAACGCUCGCAGCUGCAGCCGACGUUGAGAAAGAGGAAGCUGUUGUAAAAGAGGAAGUGAAGGAGGAGCAAGUGGAGACCCGCCCCCAACAGGCCAGCAAGUUCGACAAGCUGCCAAUCAUGGUGGAGGAGGAGGGGGAGGAGUGGGAGGAGCUGGAGAGGCGCUGGGCCCAGCUGAGCCAACCAAACGGCUUCAUCAGCGGCCUCCUGCACUGGAAAGCCGGGGGAGGAGACUCCACCGCUCACAUUCAGACGGGAGAUACGGUCGCCGCGGAGACGAGGAGGAGGAGGGGGAGAGGAGACGAGGGGGAAGGGGGAGUAGACGAGGAGAGAGGCGAGGAGACAACGCCUGAAACACAAAAAGGCUUCCUGUGGGAGGGGAGGGGUCCCAGCCCCCUGAGUGAGCUGGAGGAUGAGCCUCUCUGCUGGGACGAGGCUCCUCUGUCCACGGCUGAGUCGUGGCAGGACUCUCUGGCCAGACGCUGCCUGUGCGUCUCCAACAUCGUGCGCGGCCUCUCCUUCGUCCCCGGCAACGACGGCGAGUUGUCGCGGCACGCCGGCCUGGUGCUGAUCCUCGGCCGGCUGCUGCUGCUGCACCACCAACACACACCCAGGAAGCGGACGCCGCCGAGCCUCCAGCGUACAGAGGAGUCGGGGCUGGCGUGCACCCGGGACGAGUGGCGCUGGGACUGCCUGGCCGCGCUGCGUGAGAACACACUGGUGACGCUGGCCAACAUGGCGGGCCAGCUGGACCUGUCGCUGUACCCAGAGAGCAUCUGCCUGCCGCUGCUGGACGGACUGCUGCACUGGAUGGUGUGCCCGUCGGCGUUGGCUCACGACCCGCUCUCCGCCACGGCUCUGUCGCCUCACAGACUGGCGUUGGAGUGCCUCUGCAAGCUGAGCAUCCAGGACGGCAACGUGGACCUGCUGCUCGCCACGCCACCCUUCAGCCGCCAGCGGACGCUCUUCGCCACGCUGCUGCGCCUUGUGGGCGAGCGGCGAAGCCAGGUGUGUCGGGAGAUGGCAGUCGCCGUUCUGUCCAACUUAGCGCAGGGCGAUGCCGCAGCAGCGCGUGCCGUCGCGUUGCAGAAAGGCAGCGUGGGAACUCUGAUCGGCUUCCUGGAGGACGCCGUAGCCGCAGCGCAGUUCCAGCUCCAGCAGAGCACGCUGCACGCCAGCGAGCCACCCAGCGUCAACAUGAUGUGCCGUGCAGCCCGGGCGCUGCUCGCCAUGGCGAGGGCAGAGGACUGCCGGACGCAGUUCGUGCUGCACGAGAGCCGCCUGCUGGACGUCUCGCUGGCGCCCGCGCUCGAUGCGUCCGUGGCGGCCGUCAUGUGCGAAGUACUCUUUAAAAUCGGGCGCUCGUGACACGAA